GUUCGCUCGGUUGCACGCCCUUGGCUUCCUACGAGAGGUGAUAGACGAUAAGCAGGAAUAGGCUGCUGGGAGGUCACUCUUAAUUCUAGAUUGAAGCGUGAUUUUUCUCGCCAUGAAGUUCAUUCCAGACGAGGCAAAGGGUCUCCCUCCUCCCGAAAUCGUCAACAGGAAUUCGGUGGGGCUGGGCGGAAUGGGCUGGCUCACCGCGUUAUUGCAGAACGCUUUGAAGCUGAGGCCGGCGUUGAAGUCAGGUCUCCAUCGGCAAGUCCUGUACGCGACAGUCGGUUGGCUCUUUGGCUACCAUGUAACAAAAGUUGAAAACUACACUUACGCCAAACUUGAUCGAGAUAUGAAUGAGUAUGUCAGACGUCACCCAGAUGAUUUUGUACCAAAGGAAAAGAAGACCUUUGCAGAGAUUGUCGAGCCGUUCCAUCCCGUGCGCUAAGUGUCAUUGGCUGCUCACGUGAAGGAGGGAGGAAGAGAAAACAUUUGCAGACUUGUCACUGGUCUUGUGCAGCCCUUUUUUGCGAUCUUCCUGUCGUAUAUUGUGUGAAAUAUAGCUAUGUAAAUAAAAAUGUAAAAAA